CACACACACAUAUAUAUAUAUAUAUAUAUAUAUAUAUAUAUAUAUAUAUGUGUAUAUAUUGGGAGGUGUUAUCAAUGGAUGCUUCGAUAAAUAUAUUUAAGGUUACAAAGUUGUAUUCAAUGUGAAAAGGAAAAGUAUUCUUUAGUUUUAUUUUAUACGAGACGCAGUAACAAUUUCGUCGGGAUUUUAUGCGAUGGGGACAGGAAAUAUUAAUAUGCCGAAUGUGAUAUUAAAAUUUUCCUUUUUGGCACCAUUACGUACUUGCACGACAAAGAAACAGCGUCAGAAAUUUCUUAAUAGACAUUUCACUGACGACGUAAAGUAUACCGUGAAAAAAGAGAAAAUCAUUCAUCCCUAUCGCAAGUUGCACCCAUGGAAAUCUCAUGAAAGCUUCUCUCAACACUUGUUAAAUAAUGUUAUAUACAACAAAGAUGGAUUGGUUGCGAUAAAUAAACCAUACGGCAUAUCAGCCAGAAAGCCAACGAUUGUAAAUAAAAAUAAUUUCAAUGUUUAUUCCAUAGUGCCAAAUAGCGUGGAUUAUACCUUAGAAGAUAGUAUGCCAUUUUUAGCAGAGAAAUUAGGAUAUACCGAACUGAUUAUAGUUAAAACACCAGAAAAAUUUAUGAGCGGCGUAACGCUAUUAGCUGCGAAUAAAACGUUGCAAGAUGCUAUAAAUUCUUCUUAUCAGAGUUCGAUAGGAAUGAAAAUUCUUAAUAAGACAUAUUGGACUGUUACUUCAAGAGUACCAAGUCAAAUAAAAGGAGUGGAACAUUUGUGCAUGUCGAAGCUGUUUAAUCGAUCAGAAUCUGAAAACAGGGUAGUAAUUGAAGAGAAAUGGAGUAAGAAAGCGGAAAAGCGGCGAGAAAUAAAAGUGUUAAAUAUCGAAUUUAAAAUCAUCUCAAAUUCAACGAACAACCUAAGUUCCUUAAUAGAGAUGAAAGCGUCAACCAUAAAAUGGCAUGCUUUACGUUUGUUCGCUUCAACCAGAUUGUAUACUCCAAUUCUGGGAGAUAAUAUUUAUGGAUCUAGAAUACAAAAUAUCGCAGGCAAAUGGUUAUUAGUAAGUCCAUUUGCAAAGACAAAUAAUAAUUUAGCAGAAGUGAAUCCUAAACUGUUGGAAAUAUUAUAUUUAACUAAAGCUAAACGGGAGCUAAUACCUUGUCACGUUCAUGCUCGAAGCGUAAUUUUACCAAAAUUCAAGGGCGAAUCUUUGACGAUAGAAGCACCGCUAACAUUGCCAUUCGACUGGACUUGCAGGCAGUUGAAAUUUAAGAACAUACCCGAAUUAAGGGAUAUCAACGAAUAGGAAGUCUUCCUCGCGAGCUCGACAACAGCAUGUAUAUAUAUAUAUAUAUAUAUAUGCGGCGCUGGAAUAUUUUCAUCGCAUGUGAAUCCCAUUUGUGAGACACAUUGUGGAUCACAAAUUUGUCGGACAAAGGAAUGAUAAGAAAUAAAAAUUAUUAAUAUUCAUUAUUUCAACAUAUAUUUAAUAGAGACAUUUAAUGAACUACUCGAGAGAUAUUGUGUAAAAUAAUUAAUGACUUAAGACA